UGCAGUAAAGCUUCUAAAUGCUUUCCGAAUGGUGUGUAAGCAGCUGCUUAAGAAACUACCUGCUGUGGCAUAUUGUAAAGAGUUUUUAUUCUGUGGCUAGGAGCCCUUUGUGGCAGAUGAAUACAUUGAGCGCCUGGCAUGGAGAACACCUGGAGGAGGUUCCAGAGGUGGAGAAGCUUUUGAUCCAAAAAGAUUACUGGAAGAAUUUGUGAAUCAUAUCCAAGAAUUACAGGUAAUGGAUGAAAGGAUUCAGAGAAAGGUGGAGAAGCUAGAACAGCAAUGCCAGAAGGAAGCAAAGGAAUUUGCCAAGAAAGUACAAGAGCUGCAGAAAAGCAAUCAGGUUGCCUUCCAACAUUUUCAAGAACUAGAUGAGCACAUCAGCUAUGUAGCAACGAAGGUCUGUCACCUUGGUGACCAACUGGAGGGGGUAAACACGCCACGGCAACGGGCCGUGGAGGCUCAGAAGCUGAUGAAAUACUUUAAUGAGUUUCUGGAUGGAGAGCUGAAGUCUGAUGUUUUUACAAACUCUGAAAAGAUUAAAGAGGCAGCUGAUAUUAUUCAGAAACUGCAUUUGAUUGCACAGGAACUGCCUUUUGACAGGUUUUCUGAAGUAAAAUCAAAGAUCGCAAGUAAGUACCAUGAUUUGGAAUGUCAGCUAAUUCAAGAGUUUACCAAUGCUCAGCGGAGAGGUGAAAUCUCCAGAAUGAGAGAAGUAGCAGCAGUUUUACUUCAUUUUAAGGGCUACUCCCAUUGCGUUGAUGUGUACAUAAAACAGUGUCAAGAGGGUGCAUUUUUGGGGAAUGAUGUUUUUGAAGAUGCAGCCAUCCUCUGCCAGCGGGUGAACAAGCAAGUUGGAGAAGUCUUCAGCAAUCCAGAGACUGUGUUAGCCAAACUCAUUCAAAAUAUCUUUGAAGUUAAACUUCAGAGUUACGUAAAGGAUCAGCUGGAAGAACACAGGAAGUCAGAUGCAGAACAAUACCUUAAGAACCUCUAUGAUCUAUAUACAAGAACAACUAAUCUUUCAAGCAAAUUGAUGGAAUUUAACUUGGGUACUGAUAAGCAGACUUUCUUGUCUAAGCUUAUCAAAUCCAUUUUCAUUUCCUACUUGGAGAAUUACAUUGAGGUGGAAAUCGGUUAUUUGAAAACCAGGAGUGCUAUGAUUCUGCAACGCUAUUAUGAUUCCAAAAACCACCAGAAAAGGUCCAUUGGCACUGGAGGGAUCCAGAUCCACAAAAGGACUGAAGCAAAAUUAAGUAUUCAAGACCUCAAAGAGAGGAUAAGGCAGCGCACUAACUUACCGUUGGGUCCAAGCAUUGACACCCACGGAGAAACUUUUCUCUCGCAGGAGGUGGUGGUUAAUCUUUUGCAAGAAACUAAGCAAGCCUUUGAAAGAUGUCACAGGCUCUCCGAUCCAUCUGACUUACCGAAGAACGCUUUCAGAAUUUUUUCUAUGCUUGUAGAGUUCUUAUGUACUGAACACAUUGAUUAUGCAUUAGAAACAGGCCUUGCUGGCAUUCCUUCUUCUGAUUCAAGGAGUGCAAAUCUGUACUUUCUGGAUGUUGUCCACCAAGCCAAUACUAUUUUCCAUUUAUUUGACAAGCAAUUCAAUGAUCAUCUGAUGCCAUUGAUCAGUUCGUCUCCUAAGUUAUCUGAAUGUCUUCAGAAGAAAAAGGAUAUCAUAGAACAAAUGGAAGUGAAGCUGGAUAUGGGCAUCGAUAGGACACUGAACUGUAUGAUUGGACAGAUGAAACACAUCUUGACUGCAGAGCAAAAGAAGACAGAUUUUAAACCAGAAGAUGAAAACAAUGUUUUGAUUCAAUAUACUAAUGCCUGUGUUAAAGUCUGUGGCUAUGUUAGAAAGCAGGUGGAAAAGAUUAGGCAUUCUAUGGAUGGUAAGAACGUGGACACAGUUCUGAUGGAGCUUGGAGUUCGUUUUCAUCGACUGAUCUAUGAACAUCUACAGCAAUAUUCCUACAGUUGCAUGGGAGGAAUGUUAGCUAUUUGUGAUGUGGCUGAGUAUAGGAAGUGUGCCAAAGACUUCAAGAUUCCACUGGUGUUGCAGCUCUUUGAUACCUUGCACGCACUUUGCAAUCUUCUGGUUGUGGCCCCGGAUAACUUAAAGCAAGUUUGCUCCGGAGAGCAGCUUGCUAAUCUGGACAAGAACAUCCUUCACUCCUUCGUGCAGCUGCGCGCUGACUAUAGGUCUGCUCGCCUUGCUCGCCACUUCAGCUGAGAGCACGGAAGGGAUCGCGACACCCUGGGGAGGCCACAGUUGUCAGAAAGCACAGGGAAGGGUUUCUUACCCAGCCGUGGUCGUAACUUUGGUGGGAUAUUGAUGGUUGAGAAUAAAACAGCAGCCAUAUUUAAACACGACUCUCUCUAGAACAUGAGCAGAUGAAAAUUGGAAUGAUGUUUCGUGCAAGCUAAAGUUCUCCCGGUGAUGGAUUUCUGCAAAACUACUUGCUGCUAAUUUUGUGUUGGAGACAUCUUGGUGUAGGAAAGCAAGUGGUGCACUGGAAAUAUUUUAGUCUUCGAUAUUGAAUUAUCAGAUACCAUUUGUUAGACUUGAAGUACAGAGCAUAGCGUAGGUAAUGGAUUACAUAGCAUAGACCAGUGUAGAAACAUUCUUCAUCAAUUUUAAUGACUUAGACUUCAGCACAGCUAAUCAUAAUCAAAUUAUCUUUGAUUGGUGUUUCUAAGUCAUUUCUUUCUUUUAAAACCUUAUCCCGCUCAAUGUAAUUUCUUGCUCUAAUUAAUUAGCUUGGAAUUUCUUUGAGAUGUAGGAGUAACAGAAACGCUAUCCCAGAAGGAUGUAAUUUAUUCAUUGUGAAGCAUUCUAAACAGAACUAAAGUGGUAAAAACAAAUAUAUUUUUUUGGUUCUUUAGGGUUUU